CUAACGUCAACGGAACGGACAGAACGGAACUGUGCACAUGUAAACAAAUAUUGUGGCGCUGCUCACUAACAAGUGUUCACUAUUUUAAAGGAGACUUGCCCGUCGUCGGUUCGUGUUGACAUGGCGAAUCCACCAGAUCUUAGUUUUGUUCCAGAUGAUGAAGGGAAAGACAAGUUUAAGAAAAGUCAUCAAGUUGCCUUUUACAAACGGCGGAUGCAAGGGCCCAACUGUCGCCACAGAGCUCUGCUGGACUCGCUGGUGCUCACAGAGAAGGGCGCACGGUUUGAGCUGGAGGAGCUGGCGACACAGAGCAAACUGCUUCUCCUGUUGUCACCCUGUAAAAGUGGAAUGAUACGGUUAUUAAUUGAUGAACUUCAUCCUGUCAAAGCUCGAUACAGAGUCAAAGACGUGUUAGUUGAUGAAACUCAGUGUGAAAAGUUGAGGUUGGAGGAACAGACCGAGGAGUAUGUCGCCCUCCUCUGGUCAACAUGUCAACACAGGCUCCGUGUGUGGCGUUUUCCGUUCCAAGUGGAGAUUCUGUGCGGUGACAAAGUGUUGGUGACGCUCAACUCACAGGGAAAGCUUUGGUUUGAGACUCUCCAAAUGCAGAAGUAUAAAGACAACCUCUUAUUUAGUGGUAAAACAAACCUUGAAUCGCUGCCUUUGUGUGUCUUCUCAGAGCCUCGAGUCACAGCAGUGAGGUCAGAGGUUGGUGCAACAUUUGCUGCAUAUUUUUCCAUAGAAAUAACACAGAGAUGUUCCAGCUUGUUUUGUGUGUGUGCAGGCCCCAAUAGCGUCGGGCUGGACUUCUGUCUUCAUGACAUCCAUCAUGUGUUUGGUCUCCCCGAGCAUGCGGAUCAUCUGCGGCUGAGAGACACCAGGGGUGGUGAGCCUUAUCGGCUGUACAACCUGGACGUCUUCGCCUACGACUUGCACUCCCGCCUGGGCCUUUACGGCUCGGUACCUCUGCUGGUGGCCCACAGUCCUGACAGAUCUUUGGGAAUAUUUUGGCUUAACGCCUCAGAGACUUUUGUCAACAUCAGUCACAACCCCAAUGACCUUCAGGAUGAGCAGACUCCGCCCCUGAAGAGGAGGCGGGUGCAGCCUCACACUAAUGUACACUGGCUGUCAGAGAGUGGAGUGAUUGACUGCAUGGUUCUGCUUGGACCCAGUCCACAGCAGCUGUUCACCCAGUAUGCUCAGCUAACAGGAUUCCAAACCCUGCCCCCGGUGUUUGCGCUGGGCUAUCACCAGAGCCGCUGGAACUACAACGACGACACUGACGUGAGGCAAGUGGACGCUGGGUUCGACUCUCACCACAUCCCUUAUGAUGUCCUCUGGCUGGACAUCGAGCACACGGACGGGAAGAGAUACUUUACCUGGGACCCCGUUUGUUUUCCGGAUCCGAGCGGUUUGCAGCGGCAUCUGGAGAAGAAAAAGAGAAAGCUGGUGGUGAUCAGUGAUCCGCACAUCAAAGUGGAUCCCGACUGGUCGAUCUACUGUGAAGCCAGAGAUGGGGGACACUUCAUCAGGAGCAGAGACGGACACGUAUUCGAAGGCACUUGCUGGCCAGGUAUCACCAGCCCGUGCUCUGUUCAGGUGCUAUUCACUUCAUUCAAAUCUACUUCUGUUCCAGGACCGUCGUCCUAUCUUGAUUUUAGCAGCCCACACACGCGAGCGUGGUACUCCAGACUCUUCUCCCUGGAUAAAUACGAGGGUUCCACAGCGACGUUGCAUGUGUGGAACGACAUGAACGAGCCGUCUGUGUUCAGCGGCCCAGAACAGACGAUGCCCAAAGAUGCAGUGCAUGACGGGGGCUGGGAACACAGGGAGCUACACAACUUAUAUGGCUUUUACCAGCACAUGGCCACGGUGGACGGAUUGAUGACUCGGUCGGGUGGGUUUGAGAGGCCCUUCGUGUUGUCCCGCUCCUUCUUCGCCGGAUCACAACGACUAGGAGCCGUGUGGACCGGCGACAAUGUUGCGACUUGGGAGUAUCUGAAGAUUUCCCUUCCAAUGCUCCUGUCUUUAAGUGUAGCUGGGAUCAUGUUCUGUGGAGCUGAUGUCGGCGGGUUCGUUCAGGAUCCAGACCCAGAGUUGCUGGUGCGUUGGUACCAGGCCGGAUCCCUGCAGCCCUUCUUCCGAGGUCACUCUGAGAGGCAGACGAAGCGCCGGGAGCCGUGGCUAUUUGGGGAGGAGGUCACUGCUGCCAUCCGCACUGCAAUCCAGCACAGGUACUGCUUGCUGCCGUACUGGUACACGGUGUUCCACCAGUCUCACACCUCCGGCAUGCCUGUUCUUCGACCUCUUUGGGUGGAGUUCCCUGAAGAUACCACGACCUUUGACCUGGACAACCAGUACAUGAUUGGAGGAGCGCUGCUGGUCUGUCCUGUCACAGAUCCAGGUGCGGGAGACGUCAGUGUCCUGCUGCCUGGACCUGAUCAGGUCUGGUAUGAUGUGCAGUCUGCAGUGGCGCACAGCGGAGGCAGAACUUUAAAUCUUCCCGUGACUCUGGAGACUGUUCCUGUUUUUCAGAGGGGAGGGACGGUGGUCUGCAGGUCUGAAGGAAGUGGCUCCUGCUCCUGGGAAUAUCAGCAGCUGCCGCUGUCCGUCACGGUGGCGUCAGACACACAGGGGUCAGCAGACGGGGAGCUAUACUUGGACGACGGCUGGUCCUUUCGUUAUCGGGACGAAAAAGCCUUCUGUCGACGCAGAUUCACACUGCACUCUGGGCGUCUGCUCUGUGGGAGUCCUGUGGGUGAAGAGGGGACAUUCGACUGCAGCAGGGUGAUCCAGUCAGUCACCAUUCUGGGUGUGAAAGACAAACCGUCCUCUGUCAGUGUGACAGGAGUGAAGAAGCCUCCUCCCUUUAAGUAUGAAGGGACUUGCUGUAGACUCACCAUCACAAACCUGGGGCUCAGUGUGGCAGAAGACUGGAAAAUAAAGUACCAUUAAUGGGAGUGAGAACACGCAUUUUGUUUGGUAUAAAGAUGAAACAAAACAAAGAGGUACUGUUCAAACUUGA